AAAGUUUAAUUUCUAGUCUAUUAUUCUGUGUUGCAUGUGACUAUUUUUUCACGUUUUACAACUAGAUCGCACCGUGUUAAACAUAUUGUGGUCUUUUUUAUGCAAUGAUGUGUUGAGAAUGUCCAUCAGGUAGUUAUUUUGGUGUGCACGUAUUUAAUACAGUACACAGAGAAACAAUACGCAGAGAAGAGCAUCCUAGUGUCUUUGCAAAUAUUAAGUGUGAGAUUUUUUUCAGUGAUUACUUUUGCAAAACUGAGAGAUGGUUGUGUCUUUUAGUGAUAUAAGUGGGUUUUUGUUAUUGAGAGCAGUUUGGUUCCGUUAUUUGUGAGUAAUUAUUAGCGUAGUUGCUGUUUUGAAAUUCGUUGGUCGACUGAUUUGUAAAAUUCAGGAGAGCUAGUGGAACUUACGAAAUAAAGAAACAUGACGCUUUCAGAGCAAAUUCAGGGACAGAGGAGGUCCUCGAAAAAGUCUAAGAACAAGGCGCAGGCGUCAGGGAACACUGCGCCAGCCGCAACAAAUUCAAACCCGCGAACGAAGCCAGAGGCGCAACAAAAGAAGGCGCGCAAGUCCGGCGCGGGCAACACAACGGCUGCAGCUGCGGCGGCGGCGGCGGCGGCGGCCAAAGAUCCCAAGCGCGACAGACGCUCCACUCUGCCUGCAACCAGAGUUGCUACUGCCGAAGGCAGGGCCGGCGCAGAUGCUACGCCAGCGUCGGGCUCCGGUCUGCAGGGCAGGGACAGAGGUCUGAGAGGCAGCUUUAAGGCGCUGAGGAGAUCCACCGAAGAUCUGUCCAAUGCGGCGUCAGCGAUCAAGAAGACGAUCGGCAACUUCGUGAGGAGUUCGCCACUGAGGAGGAGUUUCAGUUUCGGCCGGGACCUCAACAAGGUGGGCGGCCUCAAGAAGACUGCGUGGUCAGCGUCGCUCCAGUCCCUCCAGGAGGACGUGCCGGAAGAGGAGGCGGGUGCCGGCAAGUUCCUCGUCGACGACAAGAGGGACAGCUUCAUAGAGGACGAGGAGGAUGCGGAGCUGAUGAAGGAGCAGAGGGCGGUGGCGAAACCCACAGAUGCCGUCGUCGGCGUGCCCACCAAAGACCUGGAGUUCAAGACACGCAGUCUGGUCAUUGAGGACUCUGGAGCCUACAGCAAGGAUCCGGAAUUCCAGGACUUGUCGGAGGUGUCGAGGAGGAGGACCCAGUCGUACAGCGCGGUCCAGAGGGUAGGACUACUGGAGCCCAGCGAUGAGGCGGACACCAUGCUCGGCUCUCGGAGCCACCGGCCGCACUCACUUUCUGCUUACCAUUUGGCUGGAGAACGGGGCAAUCCCCUGGAGCUGGAACGACUGCUGCCUGCCAGAUCGACGGCGACUCUUCCAGCGAAGAAACCGUGA